AUGACGGGCGUUGUUGUCCCAGCUCCAACGGGGCUCAACUGGGCCGUGGGGCAUGACGGGAGCCACAGAAAAGGCUCAGGGGCUGCCCCCGGGGUGCGCGGGGCUUGGCACAGGGCUGAGAAGGCAACGGAAAAACGGAAAAACGGCCAUGGGGACAAACGGCCCCAGGGCUUCAGUUGCAGUUGCAGCAGCAGCAGCAGCAGCGGCAGCAGCGGCAGCAGCAGCGAAUCAAGCGACUUUGUCGACCCUCUGGAUCUCCUCUCCCUCUCCCGCAGUCCCACAGCCUCUCUCAGUCUCCGUUUCCCGGUGUCUCCCUCCUCUCCCAGUCUCCCUCUCCCCGUUCCGAGCCGGCUCAUGCCCCCAGCCCGCCCUCGGCCCCGAGCGGGGCUUCCCCGUCCCCGUCCCCGUCCCCGUCCCCGUCCCCGGCCGUCCUGCCGCGGUCUCUCCUCCGCCCGGCUCUGGCUGUACUGGCAGUGGCGCUGCUGGGCGGGGAUCAGUGCCUGGUGCGGCAUCGCCUCCCUUUGGCUCCGCCUGCCCCGGCCCCGGCCCCGGCCCCGGCCCCGGCCCCGGCCCCGGCCCCGGCCCCGGCCGCAGCCCCAGCCCCAACGUGGAUCCCAGUCCCGGUCCCGGUCCCGGCGCCAGCUGCUCCCGGAGCCCGCAGAGCGCACACAGGGCGCGGCCGCUCCCGCCGCCUCCGUUGGGGCUUCCCCGGCCCGAGCUCCGCCGCUCGGCAGCGCGGCCGCUGGCCCCGAGCCGCCGCUGUCGCGUUCCAAAGAGCGAACGCCAGGGGCUGCCCGGCCCGGGACGGCUGAGGGGCGCUCGGGGCCCGUGUCUGGCCCCGGGCCGAGCGCUGACAGCCGCGUCUCGCCGGCAGGGAAGGUGGAGCACGGCAUUAAGGAGCGCUACCAGCUCGGUUCGCUGCUGGGGCGCGGCGGCUUCGGCAGCGUCUGGGCGGCGACGCGGCUCUCGGACGGCGCCCCGGUGGCCAUCAAAAGGGUGCCACGGAACCGCGUCCGACACUGGGGUGAGCUGCCCGACAGCACCAGAGCACCAAUGGAGAUCGUGCUCCUGGACAAGGUGUCCACUGGCUUCCCUGGUGUUGUCCAGCUGCUGGAGUGGCUUGAGCUCCCCAGCGAGAUCCUGAUGGUGCUGGAGCGCCCGGAGCGGUGUCAGGACCUCCGUCAUUUCAUUCGGGCACGGGGGUUCCUGUCCGAGGAGGUGGCGCGGCAGCUGUUCCGCCAGGUGCUGGAGGCCGUGCAGCACUGCACCAGCUGCGGAGUCCUGCACAGGGACGUCAAACCAGAGAACAUCCUCGUUGACCUGGCCAGCGGGCAGGCAAAACUGAUUGAUUUUGGCUGUGGCACCUACCUGCAGGACACAGCCUACACUCACUUUGCAGGAACACGGUCCUACAGCCCCCCGGAAUGGACCCGCUUUGGCUGGUACUAUGGCAAGCCAGCUACCAUCUGGUCCCUGGGCAUCCUGCUGCACCAGAUGGUCUGUGGGAAGCACCCUUUCAGGAGGGGCCGGAACAUCAGCUGGAACCAUCAGCUCUCACUGCCACAACGGCUCUCUCAAGACUGCCAAGAUCUGAUCAAAAGGUGUUUAUCCAUGCUCGACAUAGAAAGGCCCUCAUUAGAAGACCUGCUUUGUGACCCUUGGAUGCAGCAAAUUCACGAAGUGUUCCAGGUGGGGUCCAGUGUGGAUCAGGAGGUGCUUGGGACCAGCUGCGGUGUGGACGGGCCGUGUGCUUGGAGAAGGCUGAGGACAUCGUUUGGGACCAGCUUUUCUGCCCGCAGCGAUGGCAUGAGUGAGUUCCCAGCCCAUCACAGUGUCCAUCAUGUUGUUGCCUUCCUUGAUGCCCCUCACCACGAGGAACACUGA